UUUCGGCGACAAAGCGGAAAGAAAAGCAUUUGUUGUUGGUUCAGCAUCAGAGGCAACAGCUGGUAACCGUGUCUGUGGCAGACGACAUCCAAAUUUGGCGGCUUUUUGUCUCCUUUGUCUAAGAACAUGAAUAUGAUAAUUUAUCAAUCAGUGUGAACAGCAAUAAAAGGAGAGUGCAGGCCUCUCAGACUGAUGAGAGUGUCUUUCGACUGGAAACAACUUCCUCACCUUGUUGAUGUGGUGCAAUCGAGACUGAAAAUGCUCUACGCCAUACUUUCUGCACUCGUGGUAUAUCUACUUACCCCCGGGGUCGGUGCCGCUGAAGACACAACGUCCAGUGCCGCUAAGGCCGUGGCUCAGUUGAAAAUACAAGUCGACCAACUGCAAUCGCAGCUCAAUGAAUUUAAGAAGCGAGGAAACGGGUGUUGUAGCCAAGAGUUCUAUCAGGAAAACGGUUACAUCCUGGCAUUUCGACUCGUUGCUGGCGUCCCUGACAAAGGAUACGACGCGUUCGCUAACGAAAACAGAGAUGACGACGUGCCCUUUGUCAAGGCCGUGACCCCGUGCGCGUGUCGUUUGAACUUCACUGGGUGCAACCAGCACUACCGGAGCUCCAUCCUCAGAUACUGGACUCAACUUUCAAUCGAAACCGUGAAACUGGUUGUGUACAAAGGAGGUCAGGCCAAACAAUAUGCAACCUUCAACGGAGCUGGCACCAAUUUCUACAAUUGGAUGACACCUGCCAGACUAGUAGAGUCAUCAUGGACCGACCUCAAAUCAUCCUCGACCAACUUCUUUUCCCCUGCCGGGGAUGGAGGACUGAGGAGACGCUUCUUCAUUAACCACGUCUACCCUGGGUGUGAUGGGGAUGCUGGUUGGCUGGUAGUCAAAGAUGAAAAUGACGUUUGCUCUUGGGGCAACCCCACUGGUGUCAAGUACCCGCUUAUCCUCUUCUCCCCUUCAUCCACCCUGGUCCAGUACCAUUCUGCUGCUGUGGAUCGCGCCGACUCACUGGCCGUGUGGGUGAAGAUUACAGGGGUCACCAACCUGAACGCCGGGUGUCAGUAGUGAGCUACCCGGGUGGUGUACAGGACGUCGUGGGCUACCCUGGACUUCUUGUCAAGCAGAUAAAAAUCACUACAUCCUCAUCAUUACCAAAGAUCAGAUUUGAAUCUCGAACAUUCUAUAAAAGCAAAAGUUAAAUGACACUGAAUUAAAAUUUGUUUUCUGGACCUCU